AUGGCGUGCGAUAAGGAAAGUCUGAUCGAGAAGUUACACGAUAUCCAGGCCAUAAAAUUUGGUGAUUUCACCUUGAAAAGCGGAAUACAAUCCCCAGUGUAUGUUGACUUGCGUGUGAUCGUCUCUUAUCCGAAAAUUCUGAAGCAAAUCAGCGGUAUGUUAUGGGAUGUCGCAACCACAUCGCGAGCAGAUUUUUCUGUAAUUUGCGGCGUUCCUUACACCGCUUUACCGAUUGCGUCUGCUAUCUCAGUUAGCCAAAAUGUCCCGAUGGUGAUGCGAAGAAAAGAAGCUAAAUCAUAUGGAACGAAGCGGCUGAUCGAGGGUGUUUUUACUCCGAAGAGUAAUUGUUUGGUGAUCGAAGACGUAGUCACAAGUGGAUCGAGUGUUCUUGAAACUGUAGAAGCCCUUGCUUCGGUAGAAUUAGUCGUUUCGGACGCUGUAGUUUUGUUAGAUCGCUUUCAAGGCGGAAAAGAGAUGCUUCAAUUUCAGGGUGUUAAGCUUCACAGUCUUCUAACUCUCCCUGAAGUUCUUGAAGUGCUUUUGGCAAAGGGAAAAGUUGGUCAAGAAAUGGCGGGAAAAGUUAGUGAAUUUCUGUCAACAAACACGUUUACGCCAGCAGCAGUUGCCAAAGUACCGGCCAAACCGGGAAGUAAACUUAGCUUCGAAGCAAGAGCGCAGAUUGCAUGUAAUUCAGUCACCAAAAAGUUAUUUGAGGUAAUGCAUAUCAAGAAAUCAAACCUGGCAGUCUCUGUUGAUUUCACCAGCUGUGAUAAAGUUUUGAGUCUUGUUGACAAGAUUGGGCCCCAUGUUUGCAUCGUGAAAACACACGUUGACAUUCUGGAAGAUUUCACCCCAGAAUUUGCCAAAUCACUUCAAAUGCUUGCUGCAAAGCACAACGUUUUGAUCUUUGAAGAUAGGAAGUUUGCUGAUAUUGGCAACACCGUCAAGAAUCAGUACUCCAAAGGGUUGUAUCAUAUUGCAGAAUGGGCAGAUCUGGUUAAUGCACAUGUAGUUCCUGGGGAUGGUGUGAUUAAUGGCCUCAAAGAAGUUGGUUUGCCACUUGGAAAGGCGUGUCUGCUGAUUGGAGAAAUGAGCUCCAAGGGAACAUUGGCUACUGGGGAAUACACAAAGGCAGCUGCAGACAUGGCACAAGGCUCACAAAGACUUUGUCAUGGGAUUCAUUAG